GCAAUGAGGCGAACCCCAAGGCGAUCCCAUCAGUUACCGCCUCCGGAUUCGCCAAUCUCAUCUGGCCUGCUUUUCGUAUUCGGUUUGUUCCUUUUUUUGAAGUGUUUCCCCAAGGGCUAGAGGGAAGAGAGGCGUGGAUUCGAGCUUGGCUUCGGAAACACGCAACUUGUCGUACCACAUUCUGAGCGGAUGCCGGUGAAUUUUCAUCGUGCCAUCGGCGUCUGCACCCCUGCCCUGCGCCGCCGUUCGAAAAUCGAUCCAAAGCCCGUCAUGUCAACACAGGUUUGCGUCUCCACUUGAUGCUGAAUGAUUGUGUAUAAUUCCACAUUGGUCCCCUUUGCCGCUUUCUUGGUCCUCUUUUUGCGAUCCUAUUGCUGCCGUUGAAUUGUGGGAACGACAUCUCGUCUUUGAUUCAGUUUCUGUCUUGCUUUCAGUCUUGCUCUAUCUCUCUGAAUCUCUCUCUUAAUAUCUCUCUUAAUAUCUUUCUCCUGCAAUCGGGGCCCAACAGAUAUCAUGGCGGCGUUCUGGAACUCGACCGUCUUGUUCCCCAACCACACCUCGACCCAGACCUACCUCAGCGUGCUCGACGACGUCAACAAGUACAAUGUCCAGCUCAACAUCGUCGAACGUCUCUGGGCCGCCUGGUACCUGUGGAUGCAGAACGACAUCCUCGCCACCGGCAUCAUGACCUUUGUCAUGCACGAGGUCGUCUACUUUGGCCGCAGUUUGCCGUGGAUCAUCAUCGACACGAUCCCUUACUUCCGCAGGUGGAAGCUUCAACAGCAAAAGAUCCCGACCUGGAAAGAACAGUUCGAAUGCGCCGCCCUCGUCCUCUUCAGCCACUUCACCGUCGAGCUCCCGCAGAUCUGGCUCUUUCACCCCAUCGCCACCUGGUGCGGCCUCGACUACGCCGUGCCCUUCCCUCCCUGGUGGAAGAUGGCCUACCAGAUCGCCGUCUUCUUCGUCCUCGAAGACACAUGGCACUACUGGGUGCACCGCGGCGCCCACUGGCCGCCGCUGUACAAGGCCGUCCACAAGAUGCACCACUACUAUUCGGCGCCCUUUGGCAUGACGGCCGAGUACGCCUCCCCGAUCGAGGUCAUGUUCCUCGGCCUCGGCACCGUCGGCUCGCCCGUCCUCUGGGUGCUCAUCACCAAGGACCUGCACCUGUUUACCAUGUACAUGUGGAUCGUCCUACGCCUGUUCCAGGCCAUCGAUAGCCACUCGGGCUACGACUUCCCCUGGUCAUUGAGGCACUUCCUCCCCUUCUGGGCCGGCGCCAGUCACCACGACGUCCACCAUGAGAAGUUCAUCGGCAACUAUGCUUCGAGCUUCACCUGGUGGGACUGGCUCAUGGAUACCGAGGCCGGCGCCGAAGCCCACCAGCGCCGGCGCGAGAGGAGGCUGGCCAAAGCCAAGAAGGCUCAGUGAUGGGAGAGGAUUAUGGGAGGAGAAACACCUCGACCAAGGGGUCUCCCUGCUGGGCUCAACAUCUAUCUGCGUGGAGUGGAGGGAACCCGUCGGAGAAUGAAGCCGGCCGCGCAUUCUUUCUUUUAUGGCCGGCACAACGACCUCGUAUUAUGACGAAUUGUAAUCGGACUAGACUUGCUACGAAGCCUGCAUCGACUCAUUUGGCGUUGUACAUAUUCUAUCCUAAUGAACACCCAUUAAUGACCCUAGUCACCGGGUCCUGGAAGGGUGUUUGCUUGACGGUGUUUCAAGCAAACCACUGCAUCUCGUGCCGCAUGCAUCAAUGCCGCUCGCC